AUGGCACAGCAAAAACUUUUCCCGUCCGCUAGCAACAGAGUGCUGCCAAUGCUGCUCAUAUCAGCAGCGCUGCUGCUGGGAACGGUCGUCGACGGUCAGCUUUCGUUCCAAACUGAUGCCUCGCAGAAUAGUUUCCAAAUCCGGACGCCGGGCUUCCAGCAGUCUUUCACCCGCUACUUUAAUGGACAGCAGGGAAGUUUGCUGGCUGCCCAGCAGCAGCAGCAACCGCAACAACAGAGCCAACAAUACGCACCUUUACCUCAAACUUACGCCCAGAAUGAUCCCGCCUACUACCAGCAGUACUACCAACAGCCCCAAGUUGCUCAACAAUAUCAACAGCAACAGCAGCUUCAACAACCCUACAAUCGAUUCGUGUCUCAAUUUGCUGGCGAAUCAUCGGCAACAGGACAACCUCAGUACACAACCGUUCAAGAGGAUUACAUAAAUCCCAAUAUUCGAUUGGCAGCGCAACAGCGACGAUUAUUACAGCAGCAACAAUUACAGCAGUCACAGCAGCAGCAGCAACAGCAACAGCAAUACUACACCUCGCAGGAUGUCCAGUCCUAUUUGCAAAGCCAGCAGGCCGCCCAGUUUUACUCCGGUCAGCAACAACAACAGCAGCAGCAGCAGCAGCAGCCGCAAUCUCAGUUUGAGUACGUCCAACGGCAGCAACAGCAGCGAUUACAGCAACAGCAACAAUUGGAUGCCCAACAACAACAGCAGCAACAAGAGCAGCAACAGCAAAAUCAGGACUCGACAUCCGCACAAGCAGGUGCCACACCGAACAAAUUGAUUGGAGUAGCAUUUUCGCCAUCGAAUGAAGUGUCGCAGGUGAAGUUUAGCAGCAACGGGCUCAAAUAUAACUUCUAA